AUGUCUGACGUUGAUAAUCUCACUGAAGCCUUUUCUAAAAUAGGUUUUGCUGAGGUAAAAGUUAAGGAAAUUGUGAAAAACAAGAAGGUUUCCAAUGCUUUGAAUCAAGUCAUUGGCACCCUUCGUUCCCAAGAUCCACUAGACAAUGCUAAGUUGGUCCUUUUACAUUCAUUGGCCUCCUCUACUAAAAAUAGUGAUGCUGCUUCUCCAGUGGUGAACUUAUCCUUGAUCACUGAUGGUAUCGUUGAUGGCAGACUCAAAUCUAAUGUCCAAUUGACUGCCGCAUUGAACUAUGUUAAAACUGAAAAGGAAAAUGCUACCGUUGAAGGAUUAAACGAGAAUUCAGGUGUUGGUAUCGAGCUCACUAAAGACGAUGUCAAGAAAGUCAUCAUUGAAUACAUGACCGCUCACAAAGAAGAAAUUGAAACUAAGAGAUACAAGCAUAUUCAAACUUUGAUGAACGAAGUUAGAAACUUGCCAAGUUUGAAGUGGGCUAAUCCUGCUUUCUUUAAGCCAAUUAUCGAUGAACAAAUAUUGGUUAUGAUUGGUCCAAAAGAUGAAAGAGACGUGGUGAAGAAAGAAUCGAAGAAAAAGAAGGCUCCUGCUGGUGGUAAUGCCGCAAAGCAAGCGGUGGCUACUGAAAAGAGAUCUAUGUUCACUGAAGGUUUUUUGGGAGCAUUACACAAAGUUGGUGAAAACCCUCAAGCUUAUCCGGAAUUAAUGGCUGAACACUUGAAGGUCACAAAGGGUAUGGUGCACACCAGAUUCCCACCUGAACCAAAUGGAUUUUUACAUAUCGGACACUCCAAGGCAAUUUUUGUUAACUUUGGCUUUGCCAAAUACAACAAUGGUGUAUGCUAUUUGCGUUAUGACGAUACCAACCCUGCUAAGGAGGAAGAUGUUUAUUUCACAUCUAUUAAAAACAUGAUUGAAUGGUUAGGUUUUGAACCUUGGAAGAUCACUUAUUCUUCAGAUUAUUUUGACCAAUUAUAUGAAUUGGCUGAAAAAUUGAUUCAAGUUGGUAAAGCUUAUGUUGAUCACUGUACUCCUGAAGAAAUUCAGGCACAAAGAGGUAUUGUCAAUGGUAAGGCUGGUGGUGAAAGACACGAAUCACCAUGGGCUGCUCAAACAGUUGAAGAAAACUUGAAAAAAUUCAGAGCUAUGAGAGAUGGCAAAUACAAGCCUGGUGAAGCCACUCUUAGAAUGAAACAAAACUUGUUGGGUUCUAACAGUCCUCAAAUGUGGGAUUUGAUUGCUUAUAGAGUCAUUGACAAACCUCACCCAAGAACCGGAGACAAAUGGAAGAUUUAUCCAACUUAUGACUUCACUCAUUGUUUGGUUGAUAGUAUGGAAAAUAUUACUCACUCUUUGUGUACCACUGAAUUCUACUUAUCUAGAGAAAGUUAUGAAUGGUUGUGUGAUACUUUGCAUGUCUUUAGACCUGCUCAAAGAGAAUACGGUAGAUUAAACCUCACAGGUACUAUUAUGUCCAAGAGAAAGAUUGCCAAAUUGGUUGAGGACAAAUAUGUCAGAGGCUGGGAUGACCCAAGAUUGUUUACUUUGGAAGCUAUCAAAAGACGUGGUAUUCCACCAGGAGCUAUCUUGUCGUUUAUCUCCACUUUGGGGGUUACUAGAAAUGACUCUAAUAUUCAACUAGUUAGAUUUGAAUCUGCUAUCAGAAAAUACUUGGAAGACGUCACUCCGAGAUUGUUCUUCAUUUUGGACCCUAUUGAAGUGGUGUUAGAAAACUUGGAUGACGAUUACGAAGAAUUUAUCGAAAUCCCAUACAAGAAUGGUAAGAACUCCAGCUAUUUCGGAAAAGAUAGAAAGGUUCCAUUUACUAAAUCCAUAUUUAUUGAGAGAGAGGACUUCAAGAAGACCGACUCCAAGGAAUUUUUCAGAUUAACUAUGGAUCAACCAGUUGGGUUAAUUAAAGUGCCACACCCAAUAAAGGUCACCAGAGUUGAUGAAGAUUCCAACGGUAAGGUCACUAAGAUUUACGCCCAAUAUUCUGCCUCUUUUGGCAAGCCAAAGACCUAUAUUCACUGGCUUGCAAACUCUCCAAAACACAAUUCACCACUUAAGAUUGCUGAAACUAGAAUUCAGAAUGCGUUGUUCAAGUCUGAAAAUCCUUUGACUGCUGAAGGCGGCUUCUUGAACGACAUUAAUUCGGAAUCUGAAGUUGUUUUGACCAACACCAUAAUCGAACCAAACUUUUUGGAAAUUAAGAAAAACUCUCCUUACAAUGUUCCUCGUGAAAACGAUGAGUUCACCGUCAAGGAAAAAUCUGACAGUAUUGAAAGUGUGAGAUUCCAAGGUAUGAGAGUUGGUUAUUUUGCUCUUGAUAAAGAUAGUACCUCUGACAAAUUUAUUUUGAACAGAAUUGUUAGUCUUAAGGAAGACUCUUUAAAAAAUUAA